CCAACGUCAGAGACAAAAUUUUGUUUUGACAAAAGCUGUAUUUCGAUGGUUAACAAAAUGUUGAAUUUCGUGAUUUUAAUUUAAUUUAGUUAAAAACUGAUGUUUUAACAUAAUGACUGUGUGGGAAAAAGUGGAAGAAGAGGACUACUAUGUCGUGGCGAUCUACAACUACACGGGCAGCUCGGCCUCCGGCGUGCCGCACCUGGGGCUGUCCGUGGGCGAGCUGGUGCGGGUGCGGCGGCGCGCGCGCGGCUGGCUGUGGGGCGAGCGCCUGCGCGGCGCCGGCCGGGGCGCCUUCCCCGCCAGCCACGUGCGGCGGGCGCAAGUGUGCCGGGAGGACGGCGCGGAUGACGACGACCCGGCGUUGGUGUCGGCGGGCGGCGGCGGCGUCAUCCACGAGCUCGCCGUCACUCUAAGAGAGUGGCUCCCUCUGUGGAAGCAGCUCUACAAGAGCAACGACCACCGCUUCAAGUUCAUGGAAGUGUCGAUGCGAGCUCUCCUAGAGCUGCGAGCCUCCUGCGCGCGGGACGCCCUCCCGGCCGACCAGCUGCGCCGCCGCACCGCGCUCGCCGCCGCCACCGUCGACAAGGGACACAGAACCCUGGGUCUGCCGGUAGCGGUGCGCGACAGUGCGUGUGCUAGAGCCGACCCGCGGCUUCUCUCCGCCUCGCAGCUGCUCGCGCUGCACGAGUCCCCCGGCGCUGUGGACAGCGGCAUGGAGCCGGCCGCCGCGGCCAUGGCGCGCGCUCGCGGCUGCUCCGUCCUGGUGCGGGUGCACAACUUCGUGUGCCGCGCCGCGCCCCGCGUGGAACUGCUGCUGAGUCUACAUACCGCCUCGAGGGCACUGACUGAACCAGCUGUUGUGAACUGGCCGCCGGCUGCCCGCGCUGCCGACUUGUUAGUGUAUACGGAUCUACCCAGUGAUAUAAAGAAGGAGAAGAUAUUCCUUGUGUGCCAUGUAAUACGAGUGGGCCCCAUGGAGUCACAGAAUGUCGAGAAUCGUCGCAGCUCGGUGUCGUCCCCGCCGCCCCCGCGCGCCACGGACGUGCGUCGCGGCUGCGGCGCCGCGCUGUGUGACGUCAGCAAGCCGCUCGCAGACCCCGCGCUCAGCGGCGCGCACAUACUGCUGCCGUUCACACCACUGGAGAAGGAAAACCUCGACUCUCUCGUGAAGAAGCUGAUCUCCAACAGAGAACCAAAGGACGCCAAGCAGACGCAGGGACUGUGGGUGUCUCUACAACUGUUGGACGGAGAUCUACUGCAGAUCCGCGAACAGAACCCGCACCUGAUCGUGGGCACAACGGCCGUGGCCCGCUCGCUGUCGCUCCCCGAGGUGAUCCUGCCCGGGGACGCCCGCAACGACCUGUACGUGACGCUGGGCGGCGGCGCCUACAGCUGCCAGGGCGCCGCCCACCGGAACAUACAGCUGCAGGCCGCGCUCGUCACCGUCACCGGGCAGAUACACCCGGGCGCGAUAUCGGUGGGGUGUGGCGUGCCCCCUGUGGACCAGUAUACAUCGCUGGUUUACUACCACGACGACAAGCCGCGGUGGAACGAGACAUUCAAGGUGUGCAUCGGUAUAGAAGAGUUCAAAGAGUCACAUUUGGUGAUAUUCGCGCGACAUCGCUCUUCGAACGAAGCUAAGGACCGCAGCGAGAAGCCGUUCGCCGUCAGCUACAUGCGCCUCAUGCAGCGCGACGGGACCACCGUGCCCGACGACACGCACCAGCUCAACGUCUACAAGAUAGAGUACAAGCGCAUGUCGGGCGACGGCGCGGCGGCGGCGGCGGCGGCGUGCCUCGGGCUGCCGGAGCGGCGCGCGGACCUGCCGCCCGGCUGCGAGCGCGGGCUCACGCGGGGGCCGCUAGCCCUGGUGUACAGGGACACGCUCACUGUGGCCACCGCGCUCACGUCCACCAAGCUCACGCAACGAGAGGAGAUCCUGGGCGUGCUCAAGUGGAAGACGCGGCUGGCUGAAGGCACCCUGGCGGAGGCUCUGCAGAGACUCACACAAGUGCCCGGCGAGGAGGUCGUCAAGUUACUAGAGGAUAUACUGGACGCACUCACGCAGAUAUUGACGCAGGUGGACGAGCCCAUAUCCACCCUCACAGAGGGCAGCACCACGGUCCUGGCGCUAGACUGCCUGCUGCGCGUGGCGUCGCUCGUGCUGGAACACAAGUACCUGCCCUUCCAGCCCGUGCUCAGGGCCUAUGUGCAGGGGCCCUUCUGCAAUGCCAUGCUCUAUGAGAAGCUACUGCCCCUGCUGACGUGGUCGGUGGUCUCCGCGGAGGCGAACGGGGAGCGCGGUGCCAAGCGGCUGCUUCUGGCCAUGAAGGGGCUGGAGCUGUGCGCGCGCCUCGCCGUGCGCUCGCGCCAGCUGUGCGCCGCGCUGCGGCCCCACGCGCACAGCGCGCACGAGACGCAGCUGCAGGAGUUCAUGGCAUCGCUGGAGUGGCUGAUGACGCUGGGCCCGCACGCGCUGACGUGCCAGGGCUCGUGCCUCAAGUACCUGCCCCAUGCCGCGCCGCACCUGUGUCGCCUCGUGCAGCCGCAGCAGCUGUGUAUCCUGGUAGUCCGCUGCUUCUCCGCGCUCCCACUACCUCGGCUGGGCAAGCAGCGCAUGCAGUCUCUACUGGAGCUGCUGCGGGGCGAGCUGUCUCGCGGCGCGGCGCGGGCGGUGCUGCUGCCCCAUGUAGCCGAGACAGCCGCCGCCAUGCUCGCUGAUGACCUCGAGAGCGCGUGGCGCGGCGCGGCGGGCGGCGUGGGCAAGGCGGCGCGGCUGCUGGGCGCCGACUCGCACGCGCUGAGAGACUACCGGCAGCAGCGGCAGCUCGUGGAGCUAUGCAUCGAGGCGCUGGGAGAGAUCAUGUCGCUGGUCUCCCGCGGCGGCACCAGCUGCGACUCCGACGGACUCAGCACGGAUGCAGGGGCCGCCGGGGGACACAGCACGGAGCCCGGGGGAGCGGAGGAGGAGCGGGCGGAGCUGUGUGCGAUAGUUCUGCCCACGGUGCUGCGAGUGGCGUCCAGUAUGAUGCGCGACCACUGCGCGGCCAGCGGUGAGCCCGGGAAUGCAGAUCCACUGCUUCGUCGCACAAUCUGCGUGCUGAUCGACUGCGUGCGCGAGCUGACGCCGGCCGCGAGCGCCCGCGUGGCCGCGAAACUACGACAACGGGAUAGCGCAGGUGGCGUGGUGUCGGGCGCGCUGUCGCUGCUGCGGGCGCUGCUCCCCCGCCCCGUGUUCCCGCACACGCACGCCGCCGUGCUGCACCUGCAGCUGGCCGCCGCGCUGCACGCGCUCAGACUGAUGACCACCACUCUUCGCGAGCGCCUGGACAGCUCGGACCCUUCAACCCUGCCGUCUGUUCACCGUCUGUGGCGCGAGUGGUUCCUAGCCACGGCGGAGCUGGGCACGGCGGCGCCGCUGCAGCUCGAGGCGGCGGCGGCGGCGUGGCGGGCGCGGGUGCGGGCCCUACACGGGGAUGUGAGGGAAGAGGCCGCCGCGCUGAUGUCUGACAUGUGGCAUCAUCUCGGUCCGCACAAGCCCGCGUUCAUCCCGUGUGUAGUGGGUCCGUUUCUCGAGGUGUCGCUGACGCGCUGCGCCGCCGCGCGGGACCGCACGCUGCCGCUGUUCUGCGACAUGUGCCAGGUGCUGUACGACAACAGAAAAGAAGAUGAGACAGAGGAGUCAUGCCUGCGCGUGCUAGAGACCGCUCUAGUGGACAAACUGGACACUCUAGUCUCGGCCGGGUGCGGCUCGGGCGAGUGGCGCGCGGAGUUCGUGCGCGUGUGCGGCGGCGGCGCGGCGCGGUGCCGGCCCGCCCUGCGCCCGCACGCGGCGGCCCUGGUGGCGGCGGCGGCACAGCAGAUGGACCUGCUGCUCGAGUACCGCGACACCGACCCGGCGCAGACGCAUCACCGGAUGUACCUCACGGUGCGCAUCCUUCACUUCUACCAGCAGAUCCAGCGCACAGAGCUGUACAUACGGUACAUACACAAGCUGGCGGACGCGCACCGGACGGCGUCCCACUGGACGGAGGCGGCGUGCGCGCUGCGCCUGCACUGCACGCUGCUGUCCUGGGAGCCCCCCAUGCGGCAGCUCAAGGAGUCUCUGUACGGCGAGGUGAUCUCUCUCCUGCAGUCGGGGCGGCAGUGGGAGAGCGCCGUGGAGGCUGUCAAGGAACUGGUCACGCUGUACGAGCAGGACGCCGGGGGUUAUGCAGCUUUGGCAGAGCUACACACGCAGCUGUCGUGCCUGUACUCGAGCAUGCUGCGCACGCCGCGCUCGCACGCCGGCUACUUCCGCGUCGUGCACCACGGCCGCGCCGCGCCCACGCCACAGAGCUUCGUGUACCGCGGGCAGGAGUUCGAGCAGCUGGCGGACUUCAAGGAGCGGCUGCUCAACGAGUGGCCCCGCGCGAGGGUGCUCAACAAGCUCGACCCGCCCGGCGAGGACAUCACGCAGGCUGAUGAACACUUCAUACAGAUCAACAGCGUGGAGCCCGUGCUGAGCGAGGAGAAGCUGAAGCGGCUGUCCGGCCGGCCCGUGGCGGAGCAGAUCCUGCAGUUCCUCAAGCACAACAACGUGGACACCUUCAGCUUCUCGCGCCCCUUCUACCGACCAGAGUCGGGCGGGGAGGAGGAAGGGGCUCACACGGAGUUCGCGACGCGCUGGCUCGAGCGGACCGUCAUCAAGACCAGCGACCAGUUCCCAGGUAUCCUCCGCUGCUUCCCGGUGGUGUCGGAGCGCACGCACUGGGUGUCCCCGCUCGAGGCGGCCGUGGAGGCGCUGACCGAGAGCAACCGCGCGCUGCGGGCCCUCGUGACCGACACACGGGCGUCCCACGCCCCGCUGUCCACGCUCACCAUGCGGCUCACGGGUAUCUUGGACCCGGCGGUGCAGGGUGGCAUAGCCAACUACGAGAAGGCGUUCCUGUCGGCGCCGCCGAGUGAGGACCCGGCCGUGGAGGCGCUGCGGGCCAGGUUGAGGGAGCUGGUGGUGGACCAGCUGCCCAUACUCAAUGAAGGCCUGCAAGUGCACGCGUCCCGGCUGACCCCGGACCUGGAGGCGCUCCAGCAGCACCUGCUGUCCUGCUACCACCGGCUGCGGGCCCACGUGCGCGCCCGCUACCCGCCGCACGACGUGGAGUCGGUGGUGUCGGCGGAGUGCGAGGUGUCUCUGCGGCGCCCCGGGGGCGGUGCGGGGGGCGCUGCCCGGGCCUCGGAUGUAGCUAGCGAGGCCACCGACUCGUCGAGUAAAUCCAAGUUCUUCAGCUUCAACAGCUUCAACGGCACUCCCUUCAACCCCCUCGCCAGGUACAGCGGCGCGGGCGCGGGCUACUUCAGCACGCUGCAGAGCUCGCCCAAGCGACGCAACAAGAGACACGGGAGGAAGAGCGAGAUAUCGUCGGCGUCUCCCAACGCGGCGUCCAGCCAGUGGUACACGUCGACCGGCCCGGGCACGCCCCCCGCCCCCGCCGCCCCCGCUGCCCCCGCCCCCGCCCCCGCGUCGGUGCGGUCCAGCGUGCACAGCGUGAGCAGCGUGACUAGCGCGGGGGAGGGGUCCCCGCUGCGGGAGCUCCGGCAGGAGUUGGUCCCGGCGCGGCCGACGCGGCGCGAGGCGGAGCGGCGGGCGUCGGCGCGCGCGGACUCGCUGCUGCUGAGCCCCGACCACUCCAACAGGGACUCCAUCGGCACGACGGACUCGAACCAGGAGGAGGAGGAGCCGCCGCCGCUGCCCGCCAAGAGCCGCGAGCCCGGCGACACCAACAACAACAACAACAACCAGGAGACGCGGUACAACUACGACCUCGUCACGGUGGUGGGCCCCACAGGGCUGGCGCCGCGCGGCUCGUUCCUCUACACGUCGCUAGCCAGCCGCCGCACGCCGCCCGCGCCGCCCGCCCCCGCGCCCGCGCCGCCCACGCCGCCGCCCAAGAAGCACCACCGACACCACCCCGACUACAACCAGCUAAACAACAACCACUGAUGGGACGAGGCCCCAUUGGUACGUUGCGUCGCUGUUAUAAAAAAUAUGACUGUUCCCUUGGGACGACCCUUACAAGAGUAACGGACGAUGGAUAGUACCUCAUGACGCGUAGGGAACUCUGUUGAAUGUAUGCUGGGAUGAUAUUAAAUUGACUGUUCUGACAAAAUCACUCAUAUUCGUGACGACAUAAUUGUAUUGCAAUCGUCCAGAUUUCUUUUUGUAAUGACGUAGAAUUUUACGUCUCAGAAUCAGGCCAAUAUUUUGUUUUAAGUAUUUCACCGAUAUAAAGACCUGUUAUGAUUAUUUCUAUUUAUGUAGGUAUGAAGAAUUUGUAUGAUUAUAUGGUUAAUCAGUAUGUAAGAAGUGAUGGAAACCAAAAGAAAAGUUUAGUUAGUGAUUAGUCUUGUGUUUCCCUCGAAACGCGACGGUCGACUGUUAUCUCUUUCUAGUUACCGAAUAAGUAUGAGAAGUAGGGACGCAUCGAGGCAGAAUGUAUUAACUUACAUAUCCGACUCAUGUCUAACCUAUAACUUAAUUAUGUUGGUUUUUUUUUUUCAAUAAAGAUAUAGUAGCUGGUUAGGUUCAAUCAAGUCUUCCAUAAAUAUAAAAUACGCAUCAUCUUUUUGUGCCAUAUUUAAAGCUACACCUGAAGUAAUCCAUAUAUUUAAUAUGACCUACUUAUUAAUUUGUUGUACUUCCAUCAAAAUUUCACACGACAUGAAUUAAGUCGAUUUCAACACCGCAGACCCAAAUCAUAGUAACCUUCUGUAAUACAACUGUAUUAUAUAAUUAUUGUAAUUGCAUUUGUAAGAUUGAAAUGAGAUAUACUCACAAAAUGCUCUUAUUUUAAGUAUAACUGCACAUGAUAUUUAUUUAAUUAAUCAUGUAGAAAUAAAGAUAAGUAUUUACAAAAUGUAAUUAUACUACAUAGUAUUAGAGGCCCACCUACAGUACUUACUGUUACCAUUCACAAAAGUGAAGAAAAACUAAGUUUAAAUCUAUCCUAAGAUCAAUCUUAACCUCCUUUGAGCAGUACUCAUAACCUUUAUUAAAAUUUGUCUCCGAGUUUUUUUUUCAGUCAUGGGACAGAGACGUACGGUGUA